UUCAGGCAUUAUACAAAGUGUAGCCAGACAGCACAGAAAGUUUUCUCUGUACAGCCGAGCUCUCCGCACAGCAUGAGGGGGAUUAUUAGAGUCGCCGUGCUUUGCCUGGCGUUUGGUAUAGUAACUAGUACAGAUGGUGUAACGCAGAAUAGCACCUCUCCAAACCCCCCUGAAGAUUCCUCGUCAGACUGGGGCAUUGGAUCAAUACGAGAUGGGUUCGAAGCAGUCAAUGGUUAUUUUGAUUCCUUUUUGGAACUCCUGGGUGGAAGAAACGGAGUUUGCCAAUACAAGUGCCGUUAUGGUAAAGCCCCGCUUCCCCGACCGGACUACAAUCCUCCAGAACCCAAUGGUUGCAGCUCCUAUUUUCUUGGUCUCAAGGUACCAGAAAGUUUGGACAUGGGUAUCCCAGCUAUGACAAAAUGCUGUAACCAACUGGAUAUCUGCUAUGACACUUGUGGGGCAAACAAAUACCGCUGUGAUGCAAAGUUCCGCUGGUGUCUGCACUCCAUCUGCUCAGACCUGAAGAAAAGCCUGGGGUUUGUCUCCAAAGUUGAAGCCUGUGAAGCAAUGGCUGAUACAGUAUUUAACACAGUCUGGACCUUGGGAUGCAAACCUUUCAUGAACAGUCAAAGAUCAUCCUGUAUCUGCAAUGAGGAGGAAAAAGAUGAACUGUAAGAAUAAUAGAGACGUCAACCAGACAUCAUAGAAGACUGCGGUAGUGCAUAGCCAAGUGGACAAUGCAGAGACUCUUCAACACUGUGUAGAUAUUCACUGAGGAACAUUGUACUACUGCAAUCAGAAGUAGCUCAUCUGCUUACUUAUAGGUUAAGUUGCAUCUGGCCUUCAGGCUUGUAUAACAACAGGCUGAAGAACGUGAAGACCAGCUAUUUCUAGAUUCCAGGGAUGGAUUUGGGAGUUGCCAUUCUACUGGUCAUGCCAUGACACACAUUUAUACAAUUUCCUUCUGAUUAAACAACUAUUUAUUGAGAUACCCAAUGCUAAAUAUCCCAGCAAUGGAACCAUCGAUGGAAUCAUGCAGAACACAUACAAAUUGCGCUAUCUAGACCACCAGAUACACAGGAGCGAACAUUUCCACUAAAAAGGUGUUGGACCCUAGUUGAUCAACACAAGGUUUGAUCAUCAAAUUUUACAGUGAUCACCAAUGUUAUCACCUGGUAUAUUGUAGAGAAGCCCCUAAAAAGCUCAUUAUAUGGUAUUCUAUGGAUUAUACCUUUUAUCAGUAAGAUAAUACACAUUAGUGUAUUGUCAGCCAAACCUGCCGAGAACCCUCAGUUUGGCCAUAAUGUGUGUGGAGAACUCCCGACUCU